AUGGACUCCCCUCUGGUGCCAGACUCAGACUCUACCCAUUCCUCGUACGAAGGCGCUCAGAGCGAUACUCGCUCUUUGACGGCGAGCAUCACCGACUAUCCUAUGCACUGGGGACGACGAUAUCACCGGUACAAGGAGGGCUCGUAUUUAUACCCCAACGACGAGCACGAACAGACCCGGCUGGAUGAACAGCACGAAAUCCUCAAUCAACUACAUGGUCGCUUGUUCUUCGCUCCGCUCGACCCCGACAAUGUCCGUUCGGUGUUAGAUAUCGGCACAGGAACUGGUAUAUGGCCGAUUGCUCUCGCUGAUUCGAAUCUUCUGCCUGGUGCCACCAUAACCGGCACGGAUCUUUCGGCUGUCCAGCCUGACGACGUUCCCUCAAAUGUGUACUUUGAGAUUCAGGACUGUGCGGAGGAGGAUUGGGUACGACAGCCGGGUAGUGUCGAUUACUGCCACGUCCGUUGCAUGGCCGGCUCCCUCGCCUCAUAUAAAGAUUUGAUCGAAACGUCCAGAAGAUAUCUGCGACCAGGUACAGGAUGGUUAGAAUGCCACGAACUGCAUCCACAGCCGGUGUCGGAUGAUCACACCAUCCCUGAGGAUUGGCCCAUGAAAGUGUGGGAGGAGAAUCUGCACCAUGCCGCCUCAGAAUGUCUGGACCCGCCCCGGCCAGUUCGCAUCGCUCCUGAUAUCAAGACGUGGAUGGAAGAAGCAGGCUACGUCGAUAUCCACGAGCACAUUACCAAGAUUCCCUUGGGACCGUGGCCGAGAGACACGCGGCUGAAGAACAUUGGCGGCUGGUGGCUCUCCAAUUACCUCGCUGGGUUGCAAGGCUUCACGUACAAGCUAUUCAGUACCGACGGGUUGAGGUGGUCUCGAGACGAAAUCGAGGUUCACCUGGCUGACGUCAGGAGAGCCGCGCUCAUGAAGUCGGUUCAUUCCUAUCACAGGUACCACGUCGUGUAUGGACGCAGGCCCACUAGAGAAGAGGAGCACAUCUUAAGCUUGUAUGGCCACGGUUGA